UAAAAAGUUACUCAUUUAAUAAUUGCAAAAAUGAGAACAUUGCUUUUUUUAUGUAUUAUAGUACAUUUUUAUGGGGCUCAAAGUAUAAGAGUUUGCAAAACAGCAAUUGAUUAUGCCACUGGGAUAAACUGUUAUGAAAAUAAGGAUGAUACAAGAAAUAUUACUGAAGUUAUAUCAUCCAGGGGAUAUAAUGUCGAAGAACACUUUUUAACAACUGAUGAUGGCUAUGAGAUUUUAGUGGAAAGACUUUACAGUAAAGUUACGAAAACAAAUCCUGUUUUAAUAGGACAUGGAAUUAUGAUGAAUGGUGAAGGCUUUGUUUCACAGGGGAAUAAGUCUUUGGGAUUUGUUUUGGCGGACGCAGGAUAUGAUGUGUGGUUAAUAUCUUUUAGAGGACUAAAGUACAGUAAUAAAGGAAAAAUACCAAAUUCAGAAUAUCGUUACUGGAAUUUUACAUUUCAUGAAAUGGCAAUCUAUGAUUUAAAGGUAGCUCUAAACUUAGUUUCGACGACCACAAACCAAAAAGUCAUCUACAUGGGUUAUUCGUUGGGUACCCAUGUGGGUUUCGCGUAUGGAAGCCUUUUUCCACAAGAAACUGAAGAAAAAAUUGCUGGUCUAAUGAUGUUAUCUCCGAUUGUUUAUUACAUUAAUGCCAAAACUUUUGCUCAGUUUUUGAGACCGUUUUUGCCAUUAUUGACGAUCAUUGAUAAGUUCGUCUUCCAUGGCCAUAUUUUCGACUUUUUGCCAGAGACAUUUAAAUUUUGCACACUCGGUGGAGUGUUGACAAUGAAUAUAUGUCAUGGAUUGGUAGGGAUUAUUGUCGGAUUUGAUUACCAGCAGAUCGACUAUGAGACGUAUCCAUUGUUUUUCAAAAAAGUCCCCGACACAAUUUGUUUGAAAAAUUUAAAACACGAGUUGCAGAUUGGAAAGAGUGUUAGAUUUGCGCAAUAUGAUUAUGGGACAAGUUUAAAUAUGGAGUAUUAUAACCAACCAGACCCACCUCUUUAUAACUUAACUAAUAUCCCAGUGCCAGUUUCGAUGUGGUUAGGAUUAAACGACUGGAUAUCAACGGUUGAGUCCGCUAAAAAAACUCAAAGCCAGUUACAACCAAAGAAUAGAUGCAAAAUAAAUAUUAUCACUUUAAAAAGCUGGAUGCAUCUUGAUAUACUCGAAGCCAAAGAUGUUAUACCUCUAUUUUUUAAUGAUUUACUAAAGGAAACGGAAAAAAUAGCUGAAGGUUCUUGUACUAGUGAAUAAAUAAUGGAAAAGUUUUUAUUUUUAAAUAAAUACUAAAAUAUCAAUUUUGCAUAGUUUUGUGAAAUGUCAAAAUUACAAGGUUGAUUUGAUUUACCAUAUAUUUUC